UUCAGAAGUAGGAACAAGGAUCGGACUUCAAGAACCCAGAGGUAAAGCUCUUGGGGCUCCUGAGAGUCCAGCUGGGAGCAACUGGGAGGCAAGGCACACAGGCUCAGCUGUGGGAGCUCCAUCAUGAUUCCACAAGUAGUGACCAAUGAGGCUGUCACAGUGAUUUCACCAAAUGGAAUCCACUUUCCCCAAACAGACAAAACCCAGCCAACCCACCAGAAGCAAGACAGCCUGAAGAAACACCUAAAGGCAGAGGUCAAAGUGUUGGCGGCCAUCCAGAUCAUGUGUGGUGUGGUGGUGUUGAGUCUGGGCAUCAUUUUGGCAUUUGUUCCCUAUGCCCAACAUUUUACCUCAGUGUUUUCUGUCCUGUUAAAAUCUGGCUACCCGUUUGUAGGAGCUUUGUUUUUUAUAAUCUCUGGAAUUCUGUCCAUCAUCACCGAGACAAAGUCAACAAAGGCUUUGGUAGAUGGCAGCCUGGCUAUGAACAUCCUGAGUGUCUCACUUGCGAUCAUGGGCGUCGUCAUCCUCUCUGUAAACCUGGCUGCUCUGCAGCCUGCUGCCGAGCGGUGUGAAUCCAGCAAGGAGAUCGCGCCAACUGCACAGUUCCCUUACCACUAUGGGUACGGAUACCGCACCUACUGCUCCACCACCAAGGCUGUCCUGGCAGGAGCCCUUUCACUGAUGCUGAUCUGCAGCGUGCUGGAGCUUGGCCUGGCUGUGCUCAGCGCCACACUGUGGUGGAAACAGCGUCACUCUGACUUCCCUGGGAAUGUGAUUUUUCUGUCUCGUAACUCAAAAAAUGAAUCCAACAUGGAGACAAAGGCACUUUGUAACCCUACAUAUGAGGAACGAAUGGUUUCUUAAAGAAAAAAAAAGGCAAUAUACAACAGGGAAUACAUCUUCAUGCUAAUGCAGGAAACCCAACCAUCACAAGGUAGCAAUGAUUGUUUCUUAAAAUCUAGGCUGUUUAUACACUGGAUAACAGUAAUGAGUUGAAUGCGUACAAUAAUACCCUAUUGAUUUUCGUGACCUUAGAUUCAGCCAAAGCUCAGUCCCGCAAAGAGUGCCCAAAGGUUCCCAGAUAUUUCUCAGAAAGUUAACAGAAUGUUUCAGGGGAUUGUGGGGGAGCAAAGUGGCAAUAUUUUCUUGUCCCCUGCAAUUAACAGCAAUAGUUAACUGUUAACAGCUCCUAUGUUCAGAAUCCCUGUGAUGGCAUGGUUCUUUCAUCAUAUCAAUUUUUUUCAUUAAAACAAAGGACCAGCAAUGAAGUCUCAAGAAGUAUACCUGUUGUUGGUUUCAAAAUAAAGGCUUUGUGGUUAUGUUU